AUGAGCCUCAUGACCAGCAAUGAAUCCAACGCAUCAGAAGUGACAAGGGAGUCCACAGACGAAGACAACGAUGAUGAUGCAAUCCAGCAGAAGUCAAGAAAGGUCAAGUUCAUCAGUGAAAAUGAUGCAAUCCAUCAGAAGUUAAGAGCAGAGAUCAUCAGUGCAUCAGACACAGAGGAAACAUCAACCGCCGCACCCAAUCAGCUUACUCUAAAGAACAAAAUCUCCAUCAUUGAGCGCAAUAGCCUGAUCACACUGCGCGUCAUCCUCCAUGAUGAUAACGCUCGAUGGGCAUCUCCACAGCAACAGCAGGCGGCGGUCGCAACACUGAAGCGAGAGACUGACAUCAUAGCCAUGCUCAAGACCGGUGGAGGCAAGUCCAUGCUGGCCAUCCUCCCAAGCGAUCAUGGACAUAGACAAAGCAGUGGUCGUAGUCCUUCCUUUGAAGUCCUUGAUGACCGACUGGACGAGAAGCUCAAGGCCAUGAGGGUUCCAUUCCAAGUCUACGAUCACAGCCAUCCCUUGUCCUCCAGCGUCAAUCUGAUCCUCGUUUCCACAGACAAGGCCAGAUUCAGACAUGGAGACAGUAUCUGGCAGAGCUCAAUGAGAUCCCUCCCGCAUCGCCAGCUCUCAAGACAAUGUUUCGGUCUCUUGCCCACGGCCAUCGAGAUAAGAGAGUCCAUCAACCGUCCGGAGCUGGAAGUACAUCAUGAGGCAACCAGCUCAGUCCAACACUCUCGAGACCAAGACAACCCCAAACAGACUCGCUGGCCAUUCUACAAUGGAUCGAAGAACAGGAGCGACGCCUCCAGAGCGCAGUACUACACAGACUGGCGCGCGGGCCAAGACUCCACACGGGAAACGACUAUCCUCACGUCCGACUCGUGGUUCCACCUGAAGACCCCACUAGAGAUGUCUGAGAUCAUCCAAGCUCAAGGAAGAGCAGGAAGAGACGGACGUCCCGCCAGAUGCUACAUCAUUCCCUCCACAUCACCUCCAAAGCUCCCAAUAGGACGAUCGGAGCCAGAUCACAAGGGCCGGUGGUACGCACAUGACUACGUCUACACCCACGGCCUGAAGCGCUGCCUUCGCUACGGAUCCACCCCUCUACAUAGAUGGAGAGGGAACCAUGUGCAAAGACGACCAGAGAAACCAGCCAUGUUGCGUCUGCAAGAACGACACAGCCAAGGAGGUAGAUCAAGCAAAGGCAGCCACCCCAACAGCAAGUGCACACACGUCCGAAAUCCUCGAUCCAUCGACGCGCCAUCUCCACGAACUUGCCUCCCCUGCAACAGCAUACGCGUAUGCCUAAACCACCCGCCUCUCCGACUCACAGACCAACCGUCUCAGUCAGCAAAAUGGUCAUUCAAUGACAUGUCAGGCGGAGCAGAUCCCUUUGCAGAGGCCACUGCUCAGUCCAAGAAAUUGAAGACGGCGAAGCAAGCAGAAGAGAUGAAGCGAGUGGAUCGAAUGAGAAAUGCAUUGAACGCCAUGAAGGACAAAGGAUGCACUCUAUGCCAGGCGAGCGGCGAGGCCGAGGGCCAAUUCCACAAGCUGAGCCGAUGUCCUUUCUGGCACACCCCAGGAUGGAGUCUCGGGAAGUAUUUCGAAUGGAAGAAGGAGAUCAGGUACAACAACCACAAGGGCAUCUGCUGGAUAUGCCACGUGCCGACAUGCAGCGACGAACUGCAACGUACCUCUUUCAAAGGGCACAGGGGACAAGCUAUGCGAAUGGCCAGACAUCGUCCUGCCACUGGCUCUGGCGAUCCAUGGGUACAAUGA